AUGUUAGUGUGUCAGUUCAGUAUUUAACUUCUGGAAAGCAGAGCAGGAGAUUACACACACUCUGCAUGAUGUGGACUGCGCUUCUCCUGCUGGGACUCGCUGUUCUGUUGCUGUACGCGAGACGCACGAGACGAAGAAACGAGCCUCCUCUCGAUAAAGGAAUGAUUCCCUGGCUCGGUCACGCGCUUGAGUUUGGCAAAGAUGCUGCUAAAUUCCUGACACGAAUGAAACAGAAGCACGGCGACAUUUUUACUGUGCGUGCAGCUGGACAAUAUAUCACUGUUCUGCUGGACUCAAAUUGCUAUGAUGCUGUCCUGUCCGAUGUGGUCUCGCUUGACCAGACCGGCUAUGCUCAGGUCCUAAUGAAGAGAAUCUUCAGCCUGAAUCUGCCCAAUCACAACCCUGAAUCUGAGAAGAAAAGAGCAGAAAUGCAUUUUCAGGGGUCCGCUUUAACCCAACUCUGCAGCUCAAUGCAGAACAACCUCCAGCACCUUGUGACCCCUUCAGAAAUGGGCCUGAAAGUAUCUGAGUGGAAAAAAGACGGACUCUUCCAUUUUUGCUACAGCUUGCUUUUUAAGACCGGCUAUCUUACUGUGUUCGGCGCAGAGAAAAACAACAGUGCAGCACUUGCAGAAAUUUAUGAGGAGUUUCGCCGGUUUGACAAGCUUUUGCCUAAACUGGCUCGGACUACUGAAAACAAAGAGGAGAAACAAAUUGCAAGUUCAGCACGAGAAAAGCUGUGGAAAUGGCUGACUCCAUCACGUUUAGAUAGAAAGCCAGAACGCCAAUCAUGGUUGGGGAACUAUGUACAGCACCUGCAGGAUGAAGGAAUUGAUGCUGAGACUCAGAGGAGAGCCAUGCUGCUACAGCUAUGGGUCACACAGGGAAACUCAGGCCCCACUGCAUUCUGGGUACUGGGCUACUUACUCACCCACCCUGAAGCUCUAAGGGCUGUGACAGAGGAAAUCCAAGGUGGGAAGCACCUCCGUCCAGAAGAGAAACAGAAAAACACUCCAGUGUUUGAUAGCGUUCUUAGUGAGACGCUGCGUCUAACUGCAGCUGCUCUCAUCACUAGAGAAGUGAAGCAAGAUAAGAAGAUUUGUUUAAGCAAUGGGCAAGAAUACCAGCUCCGACGGGGCGAUCGGCUGUGCGUUUUCCCCUUCAUCAGCCCUCAGAUGGACCCACAGAUCCACCAACAGCCAGAGAUGUUCCAGUUUGACCGCUUCCUUAAUGCAGAUGGGACAGAGAAGAAGGACUUCUUUAAGGAAGGGUUGAGGGUGAAGUAUCCCUCUGUGCCCUGGGGGACCAAAGACAACCUGUGUCCAGGACGCCAAUUUGCAAUUAGUGCGAUUAAAGAGCUUGUGUUCACGAUCUUGACUCGAUUUGAUCUAGAACUGUGUGACAAGAAUGCAAAGCUGCCAUUGGUAGACCCCACCCGAUAUGGCUUUGGCAUUCUCCAACCAGCUGGCGAUCUAGAGAUACGCUACAGAAUAAGAUCUUAAUACGCCAAAUCGAAUUAAAACUGUACAGAUAGCAAUAGCCUUUUUUUUCUUACCAGUGUCUGAAUACUUAUUGCAAUAAUAAAUAUAGUAUUUUUUUUUAA